UAACGGCCGCUUUGUGAGGGCGGCGGGCGGAGCAGGCACUCGUGGAGCGAGAGGCCCCGACGCUGUUGCAGCCUCCACGGGGCUGAAGGGCUAGGGAAAACCAGCCCUCGUGCCGAGCGGGGUAGGCAAAGGCACGUCCACCUCCAUGAGGCGAGGAGGUGCAUUCGAGGGCUGGGACUGCUGGGCAGAGCAGGUUCGAAUCCCCCCGCCGCCUAGCCUUUACUCACUUGUUGAGAGGGGGCGUUUGUGUGGCCUUCUUAUUUUAUAAGAAGUUGUAGAAUUGGUAACUACCAAGCCAGAAGAAGAAAUGCAAGCACUGGUGGAACCAGAUCAGUACCGAUGGAGCUCUACAAGCAAGGAAGAUCAACUCAAGGAAGCUGCGCUAGCAUUCAUCCGCCUUUGUGCAGAACAGGGAGAAGGAGAUGCCCCAAGACAGGCUCGUAUUCCCCCUCAGCUUGACCCUUACACAAGAGCCUCGGUGGCCCGACCCAUGCACCCUGUGAUGGUCAGGCAUAUGCAGGCGCAGCCCACUGUGCGGCCAGAGAUCCCUGAGGUUCCCCGCGUUAGGAAACCUCUACUGAAAAGGAAGGUUCUGAGGCGAAGGCCAGAUGGAGAAGUGCAGGUGACAGAUGAGUCUGUCACCAGUGAACCAGAGUCCAGCAGCCUGAGUGACCCAGGAUAUGUGGAUGCAAGACAAAGAAAGAAUACCCAAGAAGAGGUGGUGGAGGAGGAGUCUGAGUCUGAGGAGGAAGAUGGGUCUGAGGGGGAAUGCGACCCAAACAGUUCCCCAGAGUCAGAAAUUCCUUAUUCCUGGAGAACUACCGGGAGUCAGAGUCAGAGCUCUCCAGGAGAAAGCCAGAGUCGCAGUACUGCAUCCUACGAGCAAGACUUGAUUAUUGCUAGCCACCAAAAGUCCUUCAUAUUGCCAAGACUAGACCAGCUAAGCCGAAACAAAAUGAAGACUGACCGGGUAGCCCGUUACCUGGAGCAUAAGCACGACUGGGAGUCGUUGCGACUACCAGGAGAAGAUCCCAGGAAAAGUGUGCGCUGGAGCAUCCGGGAACAGAUGCUCUGCAAGUCGGAAUUCCCUCCUAGGUCUCAGCACAUAUAUAUCCCAAACAAUUACCUGGUGCCCACAGAGAAGAAGAGAUCUGCCCUGCGCUGGGGAAUACGCUGCGACCUUGCAAAUGGGGUUAUACCCCGGCAUUCCUACUCCUCCUAGAAAUCCAGAGUCUUUAUGGCUCCAUCCUCAGGAGUGGGGAUUGCUUAGAUUGCCCAAAGAUCUAGGUACUGUGACCAGGCAGCUAAGCAGUUUUAUUUCUUUCAAACUUAAAUUCUAUGUAUUGGUGUUAAAUUUUAGGCUUUUGAAAUGGGUUCCUGCUGAAGCAGAAAAGGGCUUUACUUCUUCAUGCCAUUUAAAAUAGUCCCCCCAGAAUCUGAUCACUUCUAUAUAGAUGCUGUCCCAUAGAAAAUCAGGGAGAAGACAAACCAAAGCCUAUUGAAGCAUUUAUAGAAAAUACUUUUUUUAAAAUUGCAAGAUCUUUUAAAGCCACCACUUUUUCCUAAAGCAGUAGAGUCCUGUGUGAUGUCACUUUAAUAUUUAACUUCUGGAUGUGUGAAAUAAAUUAAGUGUGGAAUAAAAGGAUCGUUUCUCCAUUA